GUUCGCCACAUGUUUCUGCGACAAAUCUGUCCCAGCUGGCAGACUUGCUGCCAUGUUACCUCUAGAACCUACAUUCUGAAUUCACAGCGCAGUCUUCAAAGUCUCAGUCUGCUUACCCACACCCGCAAUAUCUCAUGCUCGGUGGCAAGGACGAGGAUGAGGUCAAGUCAUUGAGGGCCAGGACUGUUUUGCACCUCCAGGGGCUCUCAUCCGGAACCACGUCUCGCGACGUGCGCGCCGCCUUCGAUAAGUUCGGGCCUAUCAAGGCCGUCGUAAUGAACAAGGACAUCGAGGGUUCAUCCAAGGCUGACAGCGACCAAGCAUACAUCGAAUUUAACCUUGCAGACGACGCCUCAAAGGCAUUCGACGCCUCUAUCUUCGACGGCCUCACCGUCAGGGACGCUCCAGUCAAGGCCGAGUUCUUCAAAAGCUCUCUCGACACCAUGAUAGCGUCUCCAACCAUCCACAUCACUGGACUCUCCCAAGAAGCAACACUCGCCGAUCUCUCAGAGCUCUUUGAGCGAUACGCUGUCGUCGUGAACGUUCGCUUCGGCCGGCACCCCGGGACCGCAUUCGUCGACUUCCGCUCAGCCGAGUCAGCAUCCUUCGUCGUGGACGCACACCGUGCGCGCCCAUUCGAACUCGGCGACGACAGUGCCCCCAGCCUAGCCUUUGCCGCGCCGAGCGUGGGUCUGCGCAAGUUUGCCAGGCCCGCAGAGCCGCCGGCCGAACUGCAGCCCUCCCACCCGACGAUCUUCGCGACCAAGUUCGGCCGGCCUGUGUCGGAAGAGAUCCUGCGGCGCGUGUUCUGCGAGCACGGCGAGAUCACCGACGUCACACGGAAGGGCGAGAACACGUCUGAAAUGGCUAGGGCGCCUGACUAG